CCAGACUAUUCCACGUUGACCACGUCAACCCCUUUGGUUUCCCGCUCCAUAUAAACCAGACAAACGCACUUCAUCUCAUAACAAUUAACAAUCUCGAAAAUGGCCAGCUUAGCGUUGAUUACGCUCUCUUCUUUGGUGAUUCUCUCCGCCAUCGGAGGCGGCUCCGCCUUGGAAUACACGGUGACCAACACCGCGGAGAACACUCCCGGCGGGGCCAAGUUCAACACCGACGUUGGCGCGCAAUACAGCCGGGAAACACUAGAUGCCGCCACCAAUUUCAUAUGGGGUAUCUUCCAGCAGACUAACCCCGCCGACAGGAAAUCCGUCGCCAGAGUUAGCUUGUUCAUCGACGACAUGGAUGGCGUUGCCUAUGCUAAUUCCAACAACGAAAUCCAUGUCAGCGCCAGGUACAUCAACGGUUUGUCCGGCGACGUGAGGAGGGAGAUAACGGGCGUGCUGUACCAUGAGAUGACACACGUGUGGCAGUGGAACGGGAGCGGCCAAGCUCCGGUACUUCUGAUUGAAGGAAUAGCGGACUUUGUGAGGCUCAAGGCGGGAUACGCGCCGGCACACUGGGUGGGCCCCGGUGGGGGAGACCGGUGGGAUCAGGGCUACGACGUCACGGCGAGGUUCCUCGACUACUGCGACGGGCUGAGGAGUGGCAGCUUUGUGGCGGAGCUGAACAAGAAGAUGAGAGGCGGUUAUAGUCCGAUCUUCUUUCAGGAGUUGCUUGGAAAAUCUGUCGACACGCUCUGGGCAGAUUAUAAAGCUAGCACCUAAUUCUUCUCACCUACACAUGCAUAUACUACAAUAUUCAAAUAAGGCUAGGCUCCCUCCCAUCCCAUUUUGUAACACUCCAUUGAAUUUUACGUUUCAUGUAUUUCUAUUUUAAAACAACUUUGAUACAAAAUAAUUUUUAUUUUAUAUCACAAUAAA